AUGGCAGUGACGAAAUCGGCUUUACAAGUGCUGCUGAACUGUCGCACGAGCUGGGACAGGAAGACGAUAUGGAUAGAUGCCAUCUGUAUUAACCAGCGAGACUUUGACGAAAAAGCCUCCCAGAUCCGCAUGAUGCGAGACAUCUACCGCAAUGCCACCCGAGUCGUGCUUUAUCCGAUCCUCGACUGGUACGCGAGAGCAGCAGUCCCGACCCUCAUGCAGGCCUUGGCGAACGGGAUGAUAACUACUGGGCACCCACGGGAGCUUCGAAAACUUGCAAUAGGCCAGAAAGAGUCCCGCAGAUGGCACGCAGUGGUCAAUCUAUUCCUGAGCGAAUACUUCACACGCGUCUGGGUCGUUCAGGAAGUGGCCGUUGGUCAGAACGUUCAGCUCUACUAUGGCGGUUACUACUUCGACUGGCCGAGCUUUGUCACCACCGUUGUGCAAAUGGUCGAUCCGCAAUGCCGAGACCUUCUUAGCGUGUCCUCCAGUGCAGGCAAACAACGGUUCCAAGACUCGAGUACGUUCGAGGAUAUCACGACCAUGUUUGCGCUCUGGCAAUACAAUCGGAUGAGCGAAAAGCGGCCUCUACCACUCGAAACUGUCCUUCUCUGCACCAGCAAGUUUCGAGCGAGUAACUCCAGCGACCAGAUAUUUGCUCUACUGGGCAUAUCUGACUGCGCAGACGUCGAGGUACUUCAACCGGAUUACGGCAGGGCGCCAGAGGAGAUCUUCACGGGCGUAUCCCGAUUUCUAUUGACGACUCGCGGUACUUCUGCUCUCCAGCUGCUGUCAGCAGCUGGGGUAGGACACAGCAGAGACCGGCGCACGAUGCCAUCAUGGGCGAUUGACCGUGAUGAGCGAUGUCAGAGCCUGCUGCUUACCGAUACAUGGACCAGUGAGAACUCUUUCAAUGCAGCUGGCGGUACCGAAGCGGUCGUGUAUGCAGGCGAGCAGCAGGGCACGAUGGUCAUUCGAGGUGUUCUUCUGAAUGAUGAGAUCUCUCAUUUCAGCCGCGCAGGCGUUCUCAAUUUCGGUGGUCUCCAACCUGGUGACGAGGUCCGGUCCACGACUUUCUGGUACUACAAGAAGCUGUACUGCAGAGCUGCCAUUGAGGUGGUUCAUAAUCACCGGUUGCACAUGUGGAAUGACGAUAAUAUGAUCGACGAUGACCUCUGGCGCACCCUCAUCGCUGGCCGCAUUGAUCGGAAACUUGUCACUGAUACGCGUUGGAAGGUGAUAGCUCAUGCUUGGGCUUACUGUAUGGACUACAUUGACGUCGACAAUCGUGAGUUCACCCUCCGUUUUCACAAUAUCAUCUCAAGAUACGGCCUGAAAUUCGAGGAUCUGGACUACACAAGUGUCCUCACGUAUGUGAACUGCUUCGUGGAAGCUUGCCACGGGCGACAAUUUGCGAUUACGAGGGAUGGGAGCCUCUGUCUGACGCCGCCUUUGGCCAAAGUUGGAGAUCGUAUCUUUGUUCCGUUUGGUGCGCAGGUACCUUAUUUGGUCAGAAAAGCGGACGGCAACGACGGCUGGGAGCUGAUCGGAGAGUCAUAUGUGCAAGGGCUGAUGAUGGGAGAAGUCAUGGAACGCGAUGGGGGAAUCGAAGACCUGCUUCUGGUUUGA